AUGGAAGCAAAAAAGAAGUCAAAAAGUGUAACUUAUGAGCAAAAACAAUUGUUGAUUGAUUUUGUUCAUAAGCAUCCAAAGUUAAACUCUAAAAAGUUUGGACCUUCUUUUACUAUGAAGGAUUCACAGUUGUUGUGGCAAAACAUGACAAGUACGCUGAACCAAACAAUUGGACCGAAAAAAAAUUGGAUUGAAUGGAGAAAGUGUUUUCAAUAUUUAAAUUCGGCUGCAAAACAAAAAGUUCCUUCCAAAUUUCAUUACAACAAGACUGGUGGAGGUGAAAAACAGGACGAAGACUGCAUUGACCAAGCUGACGAACAACUGUUAGAUAUUUUAGGGCAUACUGCUAUUCACAGUCACGAAACUGUCACUGAACGUACUUGUAGAGUUUCAUUUUUAAGUGAUAACGAUAUAGUUACAAAUAUAUCAGAUAUAGAGGAGAUGAUUCCACUGAAUAUGCCUACAGAAGAAGAAGAAGAUGAUAGUAAUUUAGGUUUCAUUAUUGUUUCUGUAGAUUCAAAUAACAUUGAUGAGCCAGAUGGUACUGAAAAAGCAAUGUAA